UUACUGCCCAGAGCUGUCAUUAUGAUAAAAUAUCAACUAUUUUUACUUUUUGCAGUCAAUCAGUUUUGCUUCACCUCUGCAGCAUGCCCCAGUCAUUGGAUGCGAUUUGCAAACAAUUGUUAUCUGUUUGUCAUACGUUAUCCUUUGGACUGGAUUAAUGCAAUGACCUUCUGUAAGGCGUACAGAGCAAAGUUAGCGGAGGUAAAAUCAGCAUCAGAGAACAACUUUCUUCAACAUGAAGCCAGACGACUUAAAGGAAGUUUCUGGUUAGGGGCGACUGACGUCAUAAUGGAAGGGACAUGGAGGUGGAUAAGCACGGACACAAUUUUAUCUUAUUCCGCCUGGUUACCCAAACAGCCUGAUAACCACGAAAGUAAAGAACAUUGUCUGCAUCUGCUCAACACUUAUCAGAGUAAAUGGAAUGAUGUAGCAUGCGACAAAAAAUUUAAUUUCAUCUGUGAAAAAUCUGCAUAAAUUUCAAUGCUAGCAAAAGUUGCGCUGACAUGGAUGAAAAACAUUUGGACAAUCAUUCCAAAAAUAUGCAAAUAUUUACAUUUUCAAUAAAAGUGUCUAAUGUCUCGUAUUUUUUGCUGCCAGUUUUA